AUGGUUUCCUGCCCAAUAUGUGAGAAGUCUGUCUCCCAGAUGAAGAUCAACGCCCACAUCGAUUCGGGCUGCCAGAGCUUCAUCGAAGAACCAUCGUCAUCUCCAGGCGAACUGUCCUCUCAAAAGGGACCAGUCCCAAGCAUGUUUCAGCCUCCUUCUGCGCGAAAAGCUUCCUCCCAGUCAACUGCCCCAAAGGAAUCACCAUCGCGUCCCACAACCACUCCACGUGCUCUCAAUGGCAAGCGAUCAUUUGUUGGCGACACGGAAUCUCCACGAGAACGAGAUGGACCUAAACAAAAUGGCGAUUAUAAAGAGCCCCAAGCGAAACGUCCGAAAGUCAACGCUUUCCACAAAGCAGCACCCUUAGCAGAACGCAUGCGGCCCAAGACCCUGGAGGAAGUGUGCGGCCAAGAACUUGUCGGACCUAACGGCGUGCUGCGUGGACUCAUCGAACAGGACAGAGUACCGAGCAUGAUAUUAUGGGGUAGCGCAGGAACUGGCAAAACGACGAUCGCCCGAGUCAUUGCGUCGCUGGUGGGAAGUCGGUUCGUGGAAAUCAACAGUACUAGCAGCGGCGUGGCAGAAUGUAAGAAGAUAUUCGCCGAAGCUCGCAGUGAGCUGGGACUCACUGGGAGGAAAACAAUCAUUUUCUGUGAUGAGAUCCACCGAUUCUCCAAAUCACAACAAGAUGUCUUCUUGGGCCCUGUGGAGAGCGGCCAGGUCACCCUCAUCGGUGCAACUACGGAGAACCCAUCGUUCAAAGUCCAGAAUGCGCUUCUCUCACGUUGCCGGACAUUCACUCUUGCAAAACUUACCGAUGCGGACAUUGUUUCGAUCCUUCAUCGUGCUCUUCGAGUAGAAGGCCCAAAUUAUUCGCCCUCUGAACUUGUGGACGAGGAGUUGAUUCAAUAUCUCGCCAGAUUCUCCGAUGGAGAUGCUCGUACCUCACUCAACUUGUUGGAGUUAGCCAUGGACCUGUCGAAGAGACCUGGAAUGGACAAAGAGGAUUUGAAACGAUCCUUGACCAAGACGCUGGUGUACGAUCGUGCUGGCGACCAGCAUUAUGAUACCAUCUCCGCCUUUCACAAGUCGAUCCGAGGGAGUGAUCCAGACGCAGCACUGUACUAUCUUGCUCGAAUGAUUCAAUCUGGUGAAGACCCUUUGUAUAUCUCUCGAAGGCUGAUCGUUGUCGCUUCUGAAGACAUUGGGCUCGCCGACAAUACCAUGUUGUCACUCGCCAUAGCCACACAUUCGGCGGUGGAAAAGAUUGGGCUCCCAGAGGCACGGAUCAACCUGGCACACGCUACCGUGGCGAUGGCGCUGUCGAAGAAGAGCACCCGAGCAUACCGUGGCUUGAACAACGUCUUUGCAGCAUUGAACGAGCCGGGCAUUGCGGGCUUACCGAUCCCCGUUCAUUUGAGAAACGCGCCAACGAAGCUCAUGAAAGAGCUAGGUUAUGGCGCGGAGUACAAGUACAAUCCAAAUUACGUCGAUGGCAAGGUCCAACAGGACUAUCUGCCGGAGCAACUACUGGGUCGUACCUUCCUAGAGGACUUGGAUCUGGGUACGAAAAGAGACCCCGACCUGAACAGCACCUCAUAUCAAUGGGACUGA